CUAUAUAUAUGGUUAAAAUUAUUUAUUAUGUAUAUAGUAGAUGUUGAACCCCCUUGUCUUCUUCAUGUAUUUACUUUUUCAUAUUUUUGAACCCUCUUAAUGAAAAUCCUGAUUCCGCUACUGGUCACCGUUAAGUUAAUUAUGUUAGUUGGACCAAAGAUGCUCCACUUUAGCAAAUCUGAGGGACUAAAAAUGCUCAAUGUUAGAUUUGAAGGAUCAAAAUAGAGCUACUCCCUUAGAGAAUAACUUGUUCUUGCAUCAAUGACAAAAAUAACUUUUUAUGCUUAUAGCCUAGAAUGAGUCAGUUUAUUAAAAGUCAUUUGAGUUGUUGUAACAACAACAACAACAUAUCUAGUGUAAUCCCACAAGGUGGGGUAUGGGGGUUGUUGUAACAACAGUAAUUUUUUUAAUGUAUAGUAAUAUGUGAGUUCUUUUCACUAUGUCUAGUUCAUAGUUAUUUCCAUUUUCAGAGAAAAGAAUUUUCCAAGUACAAAUAUUGACUCUGCCAUAUGCUGCCACAAACUAGAAAUUUUCUCUGCUUUGUCGUGCUCCUUUCGUUUAUUUGGAUUUUGUCGAUCUUAGCUAGUGUUCUUGUUGUACAUGAAACAUGAAUCGUAGCCAGGGAUGAUGAAAUUGCAGGCCAUUCCCCCAAAAUUUGCCAACAAUUUGAGAGAAAAGCUAGCAGGUUCCGUUAGUUUAAAAGGUCCAAGUGGUGCAACAUGGAAUGUAGGACUGACUGCAAAUGGAGAUACACUAUUCCUCAAACAUGGGUGGAAAGAAUUCAUCGACGCCCAUUCACUAGAGGAAGAUGACUUGUUGAUCUUUAAGUACAAUGGAGACUCGCGGUUUGAUGUUUUAAUGUUUGAUAAGCAGAGCUCGUGUGAGAAACAAGCUUCAUAUUUCGUCAAAAAAUGUGAUCACACUGAUGUUGCAAGUCAAGGCAGGACAAAGAAGCCUGUAACAGAAAGUAACGAUGCAACUGAUGAAUCUUCACAUGAUGUGUUUGAGGCCACUGCAACAACGAAACAUAGUAAGCAUGCAUUGACUCCAACAUCUAGUGCACGGGGUACUCGAGCUAAUGUCAAUUUGCGGUCUAGGGAAAUCAAAAGUACAAGUAGUAGAACUGGUGGGUAUACCCUGGAGUUGACAACUAACAGACGGGCUAUAAAUGACGAGGAGAAACAAAAAGCAUUUGACUUGGCAACUGCAGCUGUAACACCAAACAGUUUUCUGGUGGUUAUGCGUCCCUCUCAUGUAUAUAAAGGGUUUUACAAGAUUCCAUCCGAGUGGGCAAGGGUCCAUCUGCCUCGCAGGAACCUAGAUGUUAUGCUUCGGAUUAAGGAGAAGACGUGGCAGGCCAAAUUCCAAAACACAGAUUAUGGUGGUGGACUAACUGGUGGUUGGAGAAGGUUUGUUCUCGAAAAUUUCCUUGAAGAAUUUGACGUGUGUGUGUUCAAUCUUACCUGUGGAGAAGAUGGAGCCACAAUCUUGGAUGUCAACAUAUUCCGAGUUGUGGAAGAGGUCACCCCACCAUCUCGAGUAACACCAGCUUCCUCAUCAAAAGUUAGGAAGCCAAACAAAUUUGCAAGGAAGAAAGCCCAGUAGGAACUGCAUGAUGGAUUUCUUUUUAGUGGGGGUUUUAUGUUUAGCUGUUGAAUAGGUUAUGGAGAUGGCUGGCCUGAUGGUUGAACAUGUCAAACUUUUUUAUUCCUUCUCUCUUUUAAAUAUACUAUUAUCGCCUUAUCGGCUGGGAAAUCUUAAGCUGUUGUAGACCAUAGUUUGAUGUCUUCUGUGAUACUGGAUUUGUUGGAUUACUUUUUAGUUCAGUUAGUUUCCUUGUUCAAAUAUGUCCUUGCUAAAAUGUUUUGAAUAUGAUGAAUUUCACAAGGUGAAGCGUAUCCAAAGGUUACAUUAAUGUUGCAUGAUGCAACCAGUAAGGUUUUGCUAAUGGUAUUAUAUCGACAGAAAAAGUGCUCAAACAUGAGUCAGAUAACCAUUUGGCUGAUCAAAUGUAGUCUCCUUUGCUGUAUCUCCAGGACCAAUUUUUGCCUCAGUGUGCAGAAUAGUAAUAAACUCUUUACCUUCACCUCGUUUCACUGAAUGAAAAUACUUAACCUUUCAUGUCACCAGUUUUUCAUUUGUGUCACCCCAUAUUCGCGAUUCAAAUGUGCCAUCAAUGACAACUUUUAAUUUUCCAUUUUUUAGAUAGCUGUUGUGUUCAGGCUAUUUUGUGUGCACCUAGACUAUUAUAUCAUCGGGUACCUUAUACCCCUAUCGGCACAUAUAUUGGGUAACUUUUGUCUACCAACUUAAAA